GAUUGCCCGCCUUGGAAUACCACAUGUGUCUGAGAACCGGUGGUCUGGACGAACAAUGCAAGUUGACUCCGAGGCAAGUCUAAACUUCGCGCCACUGUGACAGAAAAAACGUCCACGUCCACAUCCGAAAGGGCAUUGUUUCCAAGUACAAAAACACGAAAAAUCAAGAUCCAAUCCCUCAUCCGCCGCGCCCUAGACAGACAUGGACCGCGCCGCCACUCAGCAUGCUGCCAUAUCCAAAACGGACACGAAACGGACCUACACCCACAAGUGUGGCAGGUGCCGUACCGUUCUUGAAUAUGACACACACGCCGACUGGCCCACGAUCAGCCUCCUUGUCAAUGAACACUAUUUCGCAUGUCCAGUAAAGUUCGACUUUCGGCGUGGGCCUGCCCUAUCUCACCCCUCUUCCGAACCCGAUGACGCACAGAGUCCUAUAUAUGACUCUAGCGAGAACGUAGAUGCCGCUGAUGGCAAGCAAGAUGAGCCACUCAUCCAAGUCGCGGGAUCUAGCAAGCAGAGGAAAAACGAGGCUCAGCGGAAACAGGAGUUAGAGGACGACAAGUACACUUACGACGUACGACCCACAUCCGUCAUAUGCCGUGGGUGUGACAGAGAGAUUAGCCUGGACAAGCGCUCGAGAUAUUACCCAGGAUUAUGGAUGAAACAUCGAGGGAAGUGUGCAAGAAUAUACAAGAUCGAGAACGAGAAACUCGCCCGAAGUGGAGACGGGUUUUGUCCGUCAAAUACAGAACAGCGCCCGACAGCUGCUAGCUUGUUUGAGCUAGAUAAUCCCCGAACUGACGGCAUUUCGCGAACGGCGAACUCUGUUGAGGAUAAUACGUUACGAUCGAUGGAACUGUCGGACGAUGAAGGCCCGGAAGAGGAGAAUCAGGAUCAUAUCCCUUUCGCCGCAUUGAACCAGCGAUUUUAUACCGAGUGCCGGCGAAGGGGAGACGUGCCAUGGAAGUACCGGUACGCCACCACAAAGGAAAUUAUGGAGCAAUCAUUGGGCGACAUUGGAUCCUAAGUGAUGGGCUGAGUAUCACAAACCAAAAUCCAGGCCAUGCGUAGACCCUUUGUUAUGUGCACUUACUAGUAGUACCGACGGUGAUGCUGCUUUGCUGUCAACACGUUCCUUUGUGUCCUGGCAACCGACAGCAUCAAAUUUCCUGCUGAACUAUAAACCUCACUUGGUGACCUCGAACGUCGUGACUCGUGGCUAGACAGCCUCUUGAAGUUCUGCAAUUUCUAUGAUAAGAUCAGUAGACAAAUGAGUAAAUGCGGAAAAUAAUAUUACGUAUAACUCAAUAUGUCAGUACACGUUGACCUUCGAUCCUGCAAAAUCGUGUCAAAUUUCAUUUAUGCUGUAAACUUGCUGCCUGGCCACUGUCCUCGAGGCUUUAAUGGACCAG